UUAGCAAUUUAGCGAGGAGCGUGCGAGUAACAUAGAUAGGGUUUUAAGGCUGGCGAAUAUAGAAAAGAAUGGUUGAGUCUGAAAAAGUAAGCGACCUCGAACUCACCUUAAAGCCUUUCUAUGAGAGAAUUUCAGAAGCAGAGGACCGUUUAUCAAUAAUUGAAGCUUUCUUUAAUAGUAGAAAAGAUGCUGGAAAUGAAGAACACUUGAAAGUGAUUGAGGAUCUUCAUUCAAAGUUAAAAGAUGCAAAUGCAGAGUUAAUUUCAGAAAAAGAGAAGGCUAAGAUGGUUGCUGCAGAAAAUGAAAAACUUCAAUACCGCAUAAUUCAUCUUCUGAGAUCGCUCAAGGAUGCUGAUCUGAAGUUAGAGAAAGUUACAGCACGGGAGCAGCUGGAGAGCUUGAAAUUGCAGGGUUCUUGAGUUUAUGAGCUGCGCUAGACUGUUGUUUUUUUCUGUGUAUUUUAUUUUAUUUUAUUUUUGAAGUGCAUCAUUCAUAGAAUCAUAGUUAUCAAAUGUGGAUUGCGGCCUGAUGCAGCUAACCCUCAAAACCGUUAUAGCAUUAUUGCGAGUUGCGGUUGCGGAAAAAAUUAUUUAUUAAAAAAACAAAUUAUAUGUAU